CUCACCAGUCACCAGACACAGACGUGCAUUGUCUGGCCGGCUCGGCUGUUUGGCCAGCUUGCGGCCAGGGCAGCGUCCAGCUUGGAGGGAGCCGGCGGCAGUGUGUUGCAGGAACAGAGAGGAAGAACAUGCCCCGGCGAAAGUCCAGCGGGAGCCGGCUGGCCUUGACCUUCUGCUGCUUCCUGGGCUGCUUCCGGCCAGCUGCUGGCUGGGACGCCCAGCGGUCCCGCCCGAACAUCCUCCUCCUGAUGGCCGAUGACCUGGGCAUCGGGGAUGUCGGUUGCUAUGGAAACACCACACUCAGGACACCCAACAUCGACCGCCUGGCGGAGGAGGGCGUGAGGCUCACCCAGCACCUGGCGGCCGCCUCGGUCUGUACCCCGAGCAGGGCCGCCUUCCUGACGGGGAGGUACCCCCUGCGCUCAGGCAUGGUAUCCAGCGGGGGACGCCGCGUCCUGCAGUGGUCUGCAGCCUCGGGGGGUCUCCCCAGCACCGAGGUCACCUUCGCAAAACUGCUGCAAGACCAAGGCUACGAAACCGGGCUCAUAGGGAAGUGGCACCUGGGCCUGAACUGCGCCUGGGCGGGGGACCACUGCCACCACCCGCUGCGCCACGGCUUCCAGCACUUCUUCGGGAUGCCCUUCUCCAUGAUGGGCGACUGCGUGCCGGGCAGCGUGUCGGAGCGCCGGGCGGGGCUGCAGGCAGGGCUGCACCUGGGCUGCCAGGCGCUGGCGCUGGCCGCGCUCUCGCUGGGCGCGGCGAGGCUGGGCCGCCUGCUGCGCGUGCCCUGGGCGGCCGUGGGCUGCGCGGCCGUGGGCGCGGCGCUCCUGCUGCUGUGCGCGCGCGCGCUGGGCGCGCUGCUGGUGCACGCCGACUGCUACCUCAUGCGCAACCACAGCGUCUCCGAGCAGCCCAUGCGCCUGCAGCGCGCCGCGCGCCUCCUCCUGAGAGAGGUGGACGCCUUUCUCCAGAGCCCCCGACAGCGCCCGUUCCUGCUGUUCGUCUCUUUCCUGCACGUGCACACGCCCCUGGUGACCGCGGAGAGCUUCCUGGGCCGGAGCGCCCACGGGCUGUACGGGGACAAUGUGGAGGAGCUGGACUCCAUGGUGGGUCACAUCCUGGAGACCCUGGAUGCGCAGGGGCUGCGUGAGGACACACUCGUGUACUUCGCCUCCGACCACGGGGCCCUGGAGGCACAGCUGGGCGGGCGGCAGCUGGGUGGCUGGAACGGAGUCUUCAGAGGCGGCAAGGGCACGGGCGGCUGGGAGGGCGGCAUCCGCGUGCCUGGCAUCUUCCGCUGGCCCCGCGUGCUGCCCCCCGGCCGCGAGGUGUCCGCGCCCACCAGCCUCAUGGACCUGCUGCCCACCCUGGUGCGGCUGGCCGGGGGGCAGCUGCCCCAGGACAGGGUCAUUGAUGGCCAAGACCUGCUGCCCCUGCUCCUGGGCACGGGUCAGGGUGGACACGAGUUCCUGAUGCAUUACUGCGAGAACUUACUGCAUGCCGUGCGUUGGCACCAGCCGGAAACCGGCGCUGUGUGGAAGGUGCAUUACAUGACCCCCCGUUUCCACCCCCCGGGCGCGGGUGCCUGCUACGGCCGAGGCGUCUGCCCCUGCUCGGGGCCCGGCGUGACCGAGCACGACCCGCCUCUGCUCUUCAACCUGGUCACCGACCCCGGGGAAGCCCGGCCGCUCAGCGUCCACUCAGAGCCCCUGUUCCUGGAGGUGGUGGCGAGGGUCCGGCGCGCCGUGGAGGAGCACCGGCGGACCCUCCGCCCCGUCCCCCUGCAGCUGGACGCCGGCAACGUCUGGAAACCCUGGCUUCAGCCCUGCUGCGGGCCCUUCCCGCUCUGCUGGUGCGACCACGAGGGGGACGAGCACUGAGCC